AUCAGAGCUGCUGUGCUGCUGAGGGAGGCGGAUGGGACGGCUGCAUCGCUCCCCCUCAGCUUCACAGAGCUGCUUUGCUGCGGGUUUUGGCUGCAAUUCGGACCCUCUAAGAACGAUCCCUCGUUGUGAGACUCCGCUGCAAAGCUGAUCCGCUCGAGCUCUCUCCUCCUACAGUUUCUGCCCUCAUAUUCUCCCCACACUUCUUCCCCAUAUUCUUUCCAAAUCCUCUUCCCCAUCUCCUCCAUCGUCUCCUUCUCAGAGUCCUUCCUCUCUCUCCCUAAAUUCUUCCCCCCUCCUCUUCUCCAGCACAGAUGGCCUUCACAUCGGGCUGCAACCACCCCAGUUUCACCCUCCCCUGGAGGACCCUCCUGCCUUAUCUCGUGGCUCUGCACCUCCUCCAGCCGGGAUCAGCCCAGAUCACAGUGGUGGCACCGAGCCUCCGUGUCACUGCCAUCGUGGGACAGGAUGUUGUGCUGCGCUGCCACUUGUCCCCAUGCAAGGAUGUUCGGAAUUCAGACAUCAGAUGGAUCCAGCAGCGGUCCUCUCGGCUUGUGCACCACUACCGAAAUGGAGUGGACCUGGGGCAGAUGGAGGAAUAUAAAGGGAGAACAGAACUGCUCAGGGAUGGUCUCUCUGAUGGAAACCUGGAUUUGCGCAUCACUGCUGUGACCUCCUCUGAUAGUGGCUCCUACAGCUGUGCUGUGCAAGAUGGUGAUGCCUAUGCAGAAGCUGUGGUGAACCUGGAGGUGUCAGACCCCUUUUCUAUGAUCAUCCUUUACUGGACAGUGGCUCUGGCUGUGAUCAUCACACUUCUGGUUGGGUCAUUUGUCGUCAAUGUUUUUCUCCAUAGAAAGAAAGUGGCACAGAGCAGAGAGCUGAAGAGAAAAGAUGCAGAGUUGGUGGAGAAAGCUGCAGCAUUGGAGAGAAAAGAUGCAGAGUUGGCGGAACAAGCAGCGCUAUCGAAGCAAAGAGAUGCAAUGUUGGAGAAACACGUUCUAAAACUGGAGGAAAAGACAGACGAAGUGGAGAAUUGGAAUUCAGUGCUGAAGAAAGACAGUGAAGAGAUGGGUUAUGGCUUUGCAGAACUGAAGAAACUGGCUGCAGAACUGGAGAAACACUCUGAAGAGAUGGGGACAAGGGAUUUAAAGUUGGAGCGACUAGCUGCCAAACUGGAACAUCAAACUAAAGAAUUGGAGAAACAGCAUUCACAGUUCCAGAGACACUUUCAGAAUAUGUAUUUAAGUGCUGGAAAACAGAAGAAAAUGGUUACAAAACUGGAGGAACACUGUGAAUGGAUGGUGAGAAGGAAUGUAAAGUUGGAGGCAGCAGCUGUAAAAGUGGGACACAAAGCUAAAGAAUCAGAGAAACAGAAAUCGGAGCUGAAGGAGCGCCAUGAGGAGAUGGGGCAACAAGCUAAAGAAUCAGAGAAACAGAAAUCGGAGCUGAAGGAGCGCCAUGAGGAGAUGGCAGAACAAACUGAAGCAGUGGUGGUAGAAACUGAAGAAUAGGGUGAGUCUUUCCCAAACCAAAGCAAUACAGGGUUUCCCAUGGGAUGACAAGCUGUCCCACCUCAGCAUCCGUUCCUUUUUAUUUCUUUUCCAGAAAAACCAUCUGAAGAAUCAGAUUGAGAGAUGAACUGCGCCUCGCAAUAAGCACAGGAGUUAAGCUUCAUAGAUCAAUAACUGCACAGCAUACAAAACCACAAUAACUCAAACAGAGUAAGGAGGAGCCAGUGUUUGUGUUGAGUGAGAACACUGCAGUUCUGUCAGCCAAAGCUGCCUGAGGGACCGCCGAAUUGAGGGUGUGCGACCUCCAACUCAAAGCCAAUUGGAAGAAAGAAACCAUAGAAAGGAAGGAAAGGGGAGGGAGACAGAGAUCCUGGAAGAGAUAUGGGCAUUUGGGGAAAUAGUGUGACCGUGUAUCAGGCUUUGUGGACAUCUAACGAAUAUGUCAUGUUUUUGUAAAUACAAGCAUGCACGCAGAAACAAAGGUAGAAAACUGCUUUGGGUGUUAGCACUGUUCUCUGUCCCUAUAUAAUAAAGAAUACCUGCUGAUGGCAAUGGA